UGAACAGUUUCGGGAGUCUAUGAAAUUAUGAAUACUCCUAAGCCGGUUAUAGACGACGGAGAGCUUUCCCGUCAGUACGAUUGGGUAACGUUUCCUUACCAUUAAAUUUGGGGGAAAAAACUUUCCGUCGUUUUGAACUCUGGAACAACUGAUACGGUGCGUUUAGCUGGCGGGCUCCAAAAUCCAACGUGUAAGAAGAUAAGAAGAUCUUAUCAACAAAAAUAAAGAUAUCCAAGCGUCAAUGUCCGUGUUCCAUUCUGUAUUAACAGUUUUAACGGCUCUUUCCUCUUUCAUCACUUCCGCGACAUUAACUUCAAUCGCCAUGGACAAGCUCUCUCCGUAUCAUCGCCACCAUAACCCUCCACUGAACCAAAACCGGCUAACCCACAAGCAUAAACCAAGAACCCAUUCACCAGCUUCUCUUUCAGUCACCCCCACUUCUACUUCGUCUGAAACCACUCCACCCUUUAUCUCACCAUCACCUCAAUCGCAGAUCCAUUUUCCAAAUAUUCGAUUCUUAGAUAGUAUAAGUGAUGUCAGAUCUCCAGCUUCAGUUAAAGCAAUGCAUGCGCAGAUAAUAAAGAAGUGCAACAAUUGGAAAUCUGAUUCCAAGGUGAAAACUUUGAUCACUUCUUAUUUGGAAGUUGGUGAUUUUAGGUCCGCUGUAAUGGUAUUCUUUGUAGGUUUUGCAAGGAAUUAUACUAUGUGGAAUUCUUUCUUGGAGGAUUUUGAGAGUUAUGGUGGUGAUCUAAUUGAACUUCUCCAGGUUUUUAAAGAAUUACAUUAUAAAGGAGUAAUCUUUGAUAGUAGGAUGUUUACUGUUAUUUUGAAAAUUUGCACUAGAGGAAGGGAUAUGUGGCUAGGUUUGGAAGUCCAUUCUACUCUGAUCAAAAGAGGCUUCGAAUUGGAUACAUAUGUUAAGAUUGCACUAUUGAAUUAUUAUGAUAAAUGUUGGAGUGUUGACAGUGCCAAUCAUGUAUUUUAUGAAAUGCCAAAUCGGGAUGAUCUCUUGUGGAACGAGACGAUUAUUGUCAACCUCAAAAAUGAUAGAUAUUUUAAGGCUCUAGAACUGUUUACAGAAAUGCAAUUUUCAUCUGCAAAAGCCAAUGGUAUUACACUUGUGAAGAUGCUACAAGCCUGUGGAAAGGAGAGAGCCCUCAAUGAAGGGAAGCAGAUUCAUGGGUAUGUUAUAAAACUUGCUUUGGAAUCAACCUUAUCGAUAUGCAAUUCCUUGAUUAGCAUGUACUCAAGAAAUGGCAAAAUUAAACCAGCUAGAAAAGUUUUUGAUUCAAUGAAAGAUCACAACUUGUCUUCUUGGAAUUCAAUUAUAACAAGCUAUUCUGCACUAGGUUACUUAAAUGAUGCUUGGAAUCUUUUCCGUAAGAUGGAAUCAUCUAGUGUAAAACCUGACAUAAUAACCUGGAAUUGCCUAUUAUCAGGCCAUGUUGUCCAUGGUUCGUAUAAUGAAGUCCUCACAAUAUUACGCAAACUGCAAGUUGCUGGUUUUAGACCAAAUUCAGGUUCUGUUACGAGUGUUCUUCAAGCUGUCGCUGAAUUGAGGCUCUUGAAAUUCGGAAAAGAAAUCCAUGGCUAUGUGAUGAGAAAUGGACUUGACUAUGAUGUAUAUGUUGGAACUUCGUUGUUAGACAUGUAUUUGAAGAAUAACUGUUUAACAAUUUCUCAGGCAAUUUUCGAUAAUAUGAAGAACAAGAAUAUCAUCGCUUGGAACUCGUUAAUUACAGGAUAUGCAUACAAGGGCCUUUUUGAUGAUGCUAAAAGACUGUUGAGUAAUAUGGAAGAGGAAGGAAUCAUACCAGAUUUAGUUACAUGGAAUGGCCUAAUCUCUGGGUACUCAAUGUGGGGUCACAGUGAGGAAGCUUUGGCCGUGAUUCAUGAUAUCAGAAAUUCAGGAUUAACUCCAAAUGUAGUUUCAUGGACUGCUCUCAUAUCAGGCUGCUCGCAGAAGGGUAAAUACAGGGAAUCCUUAGAGUAUUUCGUCCAAAUGCAACAAGAUAGAGUUAAGCCAAAUUCUGCCACUGUAUCUAGCUUACUCAGAAGCUGUGGAGGGCUUUCUCUCUUACAGAAAGGUAAAGAAAUUCACUGCUUCAGUGCAAAACGUGGGUUCAUUGAAGAUGUAUAUACAGCCACGGCCCUCAUUGACAUGUAUAGUAAGUCAGGCGACUUAAAGAGUGCCAUUGAAGUUUUCAGGCGGACUAAGAACAGAACAUUAGCAUGUUGGAAUUGCAUGGUCAUGGGAUUCGCUAUUUAUGGCCUUGGAAGGGAGGCAAUUUCACUUUUUCGUGAAAUUCUCGGAGCAGGUAUCUUACCAGAUUCUAUAACCUUCACUGCGGUGCUAUCUGCAUGCAAGAAUUCAGGUCUAGUUGAUGAAGGAUGGAAUUACUUCGAUAGUAUGAGCAAAGAUUAUGGUAUAAAGCCAACAAUUGAGCAUUACUCGUGUAUGGUAGAUCUUCUUGGAAGAGCCGGCUAUCUCGAUGAAGCCUGGGAUUUCAUUCAAACAAUGCCAUUUAAGCCAGAUGCAACUAUCUGGGGUGCUUUUCUUGGAUCCUGCAGAAUCCAUGCAAACUUGGAGUUUGCAGAUAUAGCAGCUAAGGAACUUUUCAAGUUAGAACCAUAUAAUUCUGCUAAUUAUGUUCUUCUGAUGAACUUACAUGCCAUGUCAAAGAGGUGGGAGGGAGUAGAGCGUAUCACAAGUCUCAUGUGCGAAAAAGGGGUGAAAAAUCGGCAAGUAUGGAGCUGGAUACAAAUUGGGAACACUGUUCAUGUGUUCUCUGCUGAGGGAAAACCCCAUCAAGAUGAAGGGGAGAUAUAUUUUGAGUUGUACCACUUAGUUUCUGAAAUGAAAAAACUUGGGUAUGUGCCUGACAUUAACUGUGUAUAUCAGAACAUUGAUGAUGAAGAAAAGGAGAAGGCUCUUCUAAGUCACACGGAAAAACUGGCCAUUACUUACGGACUCAUCAAGACAAGAAAUGGUGCGCCAAUCAGAGUGAUAAAGAAUUCAAGAAUUUGUUCUGAUUGCCAUACAGCAGCAAAAUUCAUUUCGCUGGCGCGGAGAGUUGAGAUUUUCCUCAAAGAUGGUGCUCGGUUUCAUCAUUUCAAAGCUGGAAAGUGUUCUUGCAAUGACUUCUGGUAAUAGCAUUUGGCCAUUUGUUACACAUAAAAUGACUAUACACCAUAUUUUUCCUUUUCUUCUUAAACAAUAAUCAAUACCUGAUUUGAGCAA